CAAUUUGGCCGACGAAAGGCACACUCGGUCACAACACUCGUCUCAGUAAACAUCUAAAUUCUCUUAUCCCGUUUUUCUCCUUAAGUAUAAUGAACAGCUUUGCCGUGUUUUUGGCCUUUGCGCUGGCCGCGGUCGCCGUGGCUGAACCCCCGUCCGGCUACAACUACAACCAACCACGUGGUGGUGGUGGUGGUCACAGCGGUGGUGGCGGCGGCGGUGGAUACCCCCGCGGAGGAGCGUCCGGCUACGUGAGCAGCUUCAGCAGCGCCGGAAGCUUCUCCAGCGGUGGAUUCGGUAGUGGUGGUAGUCUGCAAAAUGUUCCAGUCGGUGGACAGACCAGCGAAGGUCUCCAGGUGGACCAGCAGCUGUUGAACGAAAUUCGUCAGAUUUUGCUGCGUGAGGAAAGCCAGGGAUCGUCCUCGGGAGGAUUCGGCGGUGGUAUUCCAAGCGGUUCGUAUGGUGCUCCAAGUGGUUCGUACGGAGCUCCCGCCCCGGUCUACGGCGCCCCAAGCGGUGGAUCGUCCCGCGUUGUAGGAAUUGAUCUGGAGGGAGUCCGACAGGCCAUCCAGGUUGCCCAGUACCUGCAGACCUCGUCCUCGGCCUCCGGACCAUCGGGCUCUUACGGAGCUCCGUCUGCGCCAUCGGGCUCGUACGGUGCCCCAUCGGCCCCAUCCGGAUCGUACGGCGCUCCGUCGCGUCCUUCGGGAUCGUACGGCGCCCCGUCCUACUAAGAGUGCCACCGGGUUAGCCCUCCAAAAAGCGUAGUGUACCAAAACAAGUGCUCCUGCGGGUACUUCUAGAACACGCAGGCGUACAUCAGCGAACUACCAAAAUACCAAACCUAUUGCGGCAGCUUCCCUGAACCAUCUGGACAACAGAACCCCGGCCAUCGAACCACGGAUUAUGCAACGUACCGUUCAACGAACUUAGCGAUCAAAAAAUUGUCAGAACCAGAAGACUUAGAACAUACCACCACCAUUACAAAGAACAAAAACACGCAACACACAUCCAACUAUCACUAUACUUUCAAAAAAAAAAAAAAAAAAACGAAAACACGGGUCUGAGCGAGCCAAGCCCGGUGCCGCGGAUGUCCUUCUUCCACGCCCCGCAUAUACUCGGCCUGUCCCGUUAUAUAAGGGCCACCCAUCUACUCCUGGCCUGGGUGCGCGGCAGUUGGACAGCCAACGCGGAUGUGUGCUUUGGACCGGCGGACAAAUCGGUGCUGCUGCGAAGCCACGAAACCAUUUGGCGUAACGGACAGUUGGUGCAAAUUCACAGCAAUGCACAGGGGACUGAUGGUUUGCGCUAAUUGUCCCCACCUUUCCAAACCCCAAAAAGGCCGGUCGUGUGCGGUCACCACUAUCAGGACCAAGUCUAGCAAUCUUACCA